GCCUGUUGCCGACCUGGGAAGCCCCGCCCCCUCGACGGACUACCAGGCUAACGAGAGGAGCUAGCAGCACGUAGCCCACCAUCGGCUGUCCCAAAGACCGAGGCUGUCCGGCAGGGGCGACGGGGGGAAAAGAACCGGACCUGAAGGGACCCUUUUUUUGUAAACUGGAGAAAACAACCGACAGAACACUGGAGAAACUCAGGCGGGAAUAUAACGUUCAGCGUGUUGUUAUUUUUUCUUUUCUUGGAGAGGAGGGAAAGAAACCGUUGCCAGCGUUCCAGCGUUAGCUGGAAGUUUUUACGAGUGGAGCGGAUGAGAUGUAUUGACACGACUCGGGAAGCUAACGCUAGCCGAGGAGCUACCGCUAGCCGACGUGCUAACGUUACUUGAAAGAUUAACGUUGAUCAUUUCAGCAAAGGCAUAUAUGACGUUUAAUAACUUGUUUUUAGUGUUGUUUUAGGUAGUGUGAUUUUAAACAGAUGUAUGUCGUCUACAUUUUAUAUGGAAUAGAGCGAAUCUGGCGUUAUCUUCUCUAACGUUAAGUUAGGAACGUAGGAAACCAGCGGGUGUUAGCCACCUAGCUGGCUAGCAGCUAACGACGGCUAGCCUACGAGUUAAACGAGAUUUAAAGCCAAAGAUCUCUGCUUCGAAUUAGCUAACGCUAGCAAUGCUACUUCUCCACGUCACCUCUAUCGCCGCUGUCUGUUGUGUAAUGUUGUUGUGCGUGUGUUCAACGGUUACGGCUGAAGAUGGACGUUUGUUGUGAUAAACUUUUUUUUCCAUAUCUAAAUAUGCAAAUAUCGAUACAACAGUUUACUUAAUGCUAGCAUGCUAACGUUGAGUUAGCUGGCCAAACUUGGAAUACUGCCUCUCUGUUUUGAGGCCUUUAGGAAACUAUACCACUCUUUUUUUCAACAGAGAAGACAAUUUCCUUUACAGCCUUAACGUAUCCAAGCAUCCGAAUGGAAUAUAUAUUCUGAGUAACUCUGGCUAUUUGUCAAAUUGGACGACACACUGUUGGAGCUCCCGGGUUGUGUUGACGUCAUAAAAUAACGCGGAUUACAAGUGGAAUAACAACAUCCGUCAAAGAUGAUGUGCGAGGUGAUGCCCACCAUCAGCGAGGCCGAGGGGGGAGGCGGCCGUCGGGGCUCCGGCUCCCCGCUGCAGUCGGACUCCGAGGGUCACUUUGAGUCGCUGAUGGUGUCCAUGCUGGAGGAGCGGGAUCGUCUGCUGGAGACUCUGAGAGAGACGCAGGAGAAUCUGGGCUUGACUCAAGGCAAACUGCACGAAGUCAGCCAUGAAAGGGACUCGCUGCAGCGACAACUAAACACUGCGUUACCACAGGAGUUUGCUGCGCUGACGAAGGAGGUGAACGUGUGUCGGGAGCAGCUUCUGGAGAAGGAGGAGGAGAUCGCGGAGCUGAAGGCGGAGAGGAACAACACGCGGCUGCUGCUGGAGCACCUGGAGUGCCUGGUGUCUCGCCACGAGCGCAGCCUGAGGAUGACGGUGGUGAAGAGACAGGCUCAGUCCCCCGCCGGCGUCUCCAGUGAAGUAGAGGUCCUCAAGGCCCUGAAGUCGCUCUUUGAACACCACAAAGCGCUGGACGAGAAGGUGAGGGAGCGACUGCGCGUGGCCUUGGAAAGAUGCAGCGCGCUGGAGGAGCAGCUCACCAUGUCGCACAAAGAACUGACGUACCUCAGAGAGCAGAGCGGCCUGAAGAGAGGCCUGGCAGACGGAACCAGUGAGGUCAACCACAACUCUGAAAACACGCCGAGCACCAACGGCAAGCGGUGCUCGGACGGCUCCCUGAGUCAGGAGGAGGAGCUGGGUCUCGGCUUCGGAAAGGUCAGCGAGCUGCAGGACGUGGUGGAGCGGCAGACGGCCGAUCUGGGCCAGAUGAAGGAGCGCAUGGCCUCCAUGGUGUCACGCAUCAACGAGCUGGAGGAGGACCUGGACACGGCCCGGAAGGACCUCAUCAAGUCCGAAGACAUGAACACACGGCUGCAGAGAGACCUCAGAGAGUCCAUGGCUCAGAAGGAGGACAUGGAGGAGAGGAUCACCACGCUGGAGAAGCGCUACCUGGCCGCUCAGCGGGAGGCCACCUCGGUCCACGACCUCAACGACAAGCUGGAGAACGAGGUGGCCAACAAGGACUCGCUCUUCAGACAGACGGAGGACAGAAACCGGCAGCUCCAGGAGAAGCUGGAGCUGGCGGAGCAGAAGCUGCAGCAGACCAUCCGCAAGGCGGAGACUCUGCCGGAGGUGGAGGCGGAGCUUGCUCAGAGGGUGGCGGCCCUCACAAAGGCAGAGGAACGCCACGGGAACGUGGAGGAGAGACUGAAGCAGCUGGAGGCCCAGCUGGAGGAGAAGAACCAGGAGCUGCUCAGGGCGCGGCAGCGAGAGAAGAUGAACGAGGAGCACAACAAGCGCCUCUCGGAGACGGUGGACAAGCUCCUCUCUGAGUCCAACGAGAGGCUCCAGCUGCACCUCAAGGAGCGCAUGUCUGCUCUGGAGGACAAGAAUGCCCUGAUCAGAGAGCUGGAGCACACCAAGAAGCUGAUUGAGGAUUCUCACCAUGAGAAGGAGCAGCUCCUUAUCCAGAUUGAGACCAUGAGGGCGGAGAACGAGCAGGGGAGGAGCCGGAGCAGCUCCUUCCUCCCCGGGCGCUCUCAGCUGGGCAGCACUCCUGAUUUCCGGUACCCCGUGUCGGCCUCCUCCAUGAUGGACAGUAACUCGGACCACUACGGCAGCGCUCUGGUGCUGAGACGGCCUCAGAAGGGCCGCACGGCGGCGCUCCGGGACGAGCCGUCCAAGCGACAUGUGCAGACGCUGAACGAGCAGGAGUGGGAGCGCAUGCAGCAGGCCAACGUGCUGGCCAACGUGGCCCAGGCCUUUGAGAGCGACAUGGACGCCUCGGACCUGGAGGACGACCGGGAGACCAUGUUCAGCUCGGUGGACCUGCUGUCCCCGGGGGGGCAGGCGGACGCACAGACGCUGGCCUUGAUGCUGCAGGAGCAGCUGGACGCCAUCAACAACGAGAUCAGGAUGAUCCAGGAGGAGAAGGAGAACACGGUCAUCCGGGCGGAGGAGAUCGAGUGCCGGGUGGGCAGCGGCGACAGCCUGGGGGGGCGUUUCCGCUCCAUGGGCUCCAUCCCACCGUCCCUGUGUCCCGGCUCCUCGCUGGGCGGAUCCCCCCCCGGCUCCGGCCACUCGACCCCCAGACGCGUCCCCCGCAGCCCCAACAGAGAGCUGGACCGCAUGGGGGUCAUGACCUUGCCUAGCGACCUGCGCAAGCACCGCAGGAAGUCUGCUCAGGACGACAAGGCCACCAUCCGGUGUGAGACGUCCCCCCCCACCACGCCGCGCUCCAUGCGCAUGAGCCGGGAGGGGGGGCACGCCGCCAGCCACGAGGACAUCAGAGACAUCCGAGGCCUCGCCGGGCUGCAGGACGGCGCCGGCAGCAACCCCAGCAGCAGCAGCAGCAGCCAGGACUCCCUCAACAAGGCCGCCAAGAAGAAGAGCAUCAAGUCCUCCAUCGGGCGCCUCUUUGGGAAGAAGGAGAAGGGCCGACCCGGCCCCCCCACGAAAGACUCCCCCAGCCAAGCUGGCACCCCGGAGGCAGACGGCUCCCCUAAGGACGGCUUAGGGGUGGGCACCCUGGGGGGCCCCGCGGAGAAGAACCGGAAGCUGCAGAAGAAUCCAAAGACGGGGCAGGAGUUGCUGGAGGAGGCUCGCAUGCAGGGCCUUCCCUUCGCCCAGUGGGACGGGCCCACCGUGGUGGUUUGGUUGGAGCUGUGGGUGGGCAUGCCGGCCUGGUACGUGGCGGCGUGCCGUGCUAACGUGAAGAGCGGUGCCAUCAUGUCGGCGCUGUCUGACACGGAGAUCCAGAGGGAGAUCGGCAUCAGCAACCCGCUGCACCGCCUGAAGCUCCGCCUCGCCAUCCAGGAGAUCAUGUCACUCACCAGCCCAUCGGCCCCGCCCACCUCCAGAACGACCACAGGAAACGUUUGGCUCACACACGAAGAAAUGGAAAGUUUGGCAGCAACACCUCCCACGGAGGAUGACGGGGGCAGCUGGGCCCAGACGCUGGCGUACGGAGACAUGAACCACGAGUGGAUCGGCAACGAGUGGCUGCCCAGCCUCGGCCUGCCGCAGUACCGCUCCUACUUCAUGGAGUCCCUGGUGGACGCCCGCAUGCUGGACCACCUGACCAAGAAGGACCUGCGGGGGCAGCUCAAGAUGGUGGACAGCUUCCACAGGAACAGCUUCCAGUGUGGAGUGAUGUCUCUGAGGAGGCUCAACUACGACAGGAAGGAGCUGGAGAGGAGGAGGGAGGCGUCUCAGCUCGACCUCCAAGAGGUGCUGGUGUGGAGCAACGAGCGAGUGAUCGCCUGGAUCCAGGCCAUCGGGCUCAAGGAGUACAGCAGCAACCUCUACGAGAGCGGCGUCCACGGGGCGCUGCUCGCCCUGGACGAGACCUUCGACCACAACGCUCUGGCUCUGCUGCUGCAGAUCCCCACGCAGAACACGCAGGCGCGAGCGACUCUGGAGCGCGAAUACAACGGGCUGCUGGCCCUCGGCACGGAGAGGAGGACGGACGAGGACGAGGAUAAGAACUUCCGCCGCGCUCCCUCAUGGAGGAAGAAGUUCAGGCCCAAAGACAUGCGGGGGGUGUCCUUGGGUGCGUCCGACACGCUGCCCGCCAACUUCCGAGUGACGGGUAGCGGCGCCGUGUCCCCCUCCGCCCAGCCAAAGAGGAGCCCGAUGGAAGGAAGUCAGUCAAUACAGAGGCUGGACACGGCCACAGUCAGGACCUACUCGUGUUAACACACAACGGUACCCGCUGGUCCGACGACGAGGGGGAAUUCCCUGCAUUCAAGACCAGGAUGAUGAACUGAAACGACACUAAAAGACGUUUCGCUUUUUCCGUCGUCAUCGCAGAGAGAAACUCAGCAAUCUCAGUGUCUCUCGUGGAAACUUUUUAGAUUCACCUACACGUGUUAUUUUAUUUAUGUAAACCAAUGGGACAUUAUAUUGAUUUUAGAAUGAGCGUAAUCCCUUUUUUGCCUCUAUCACCUUAAUCACCUCCCUUUUUAAAAUGAAGGCCUGUUUCUCCACCGCGCCCGACCGCAUUGAAGCUCAGCUUUCAGGUGUAUGUAACGGAAUGUUUUUAUUGUCUGGAGUUUGUAUAUUUCUACCAACAAACAUUUUAUCUUUCUUUUUUUAUAAUCCUGAUUCUAUUGACCAGAUGUGUGUUUUGUUUUUUUCGGGGUCUCCUCUUUGAUUUGAAUUCUAAUCAUGGAGUUUAUGCUUAAGUGACUUUGCUAUGUGAUAUAACUUGAUUCAUAUCCUUUAACUGUUGUACUCGUGUAGCUCAUUACUUGUUGUUUUGUGUGACAGCAGCUGUUAGUCGACGUGUGACUAUGGAGACAAAGUGCUGCAUGCGGUGACUCCUCCCCCUCGCUGCUGACCACACACGUCUUUGCUUUCCUCUUUACAUAUCUGCAAAACCAAAAUGAAUUUAUAAGAGUUAAAGCCAUACAGCGGGUAGCGGAGAAGAGAGAAAACACCCGAGUGGGCUUCUUCCAGAUGCAAGCGGUGAAACGCAGAAAAUCAAGGUCCUCCGUGACCUCCUCCCCCCCCCCGUCCACGCACCAGCUCCUCCCCCCCCCCCCCCCCCCCCCCCCCGGAGACCGAGUGUGGAUCUCCUUCGAUGGACCAACUUCACCGAGGCCUCAGCCGACGACCCUUUUUUCUACAAAGAUUUCUUAUCGAGCCUUACCGCUUCUCGACUCCUCUGUCGUCUCGUUCUUAUUUAUUAUCCCUCGCUCACGUCGGGACCCCCCCCCCCCCCCCCAAACACAGGAGAAGGAACGGCAGAGUAGUUAGUUGAGGCGUAAAGUAGAAAACUUUUUCCUUGUUGGUGAUUUAGUCAUUUAUGCACAAUUUAAAUCGUGUUGCUGUUUUAUUCCCCCAACCGAUCUCUGAUCUUGUAACAAUGAUGUACAGUCUGGAGUACUUAUAAAACUACUUUUAUCACAAUAUUAUUUAUUGCUUACUUUCAAUAAAAUACUGAAACUCA